CGGGCGUGGAUGGGGCCCAUGUCUGUAGUCUCAGUGUCAGGCCUUGGCUGGGAUCCUUACUAUAGCUGUGCCAAGCUUUUGCAAGUAGGGUCUGUUCAAAAGGGCUGGGAGAUCCCCUAUUUUAAACACUCUGGGGGUGGUGCCAUGGCCUUCUCGGGUACUUUGUAGGAAUGAAAUGCAACCCUUCAGGCCGCUGGGGGCCUGGGGCCCCUUCCCACCAACCUGCCAUUGGCACAGAGGCUUCUGACCCUUUCCAAAACCCUUUCCAAACUGCAGUUCCAGCUCUUGAUGUCAGAGACCAGGGCCCGGACCCCCAGGCUUUGACCCUGUCCUGAGAAGGAACAGAAAGCAAGAGCAGGAAUUUGGGAAAGAUGGGCGAUCCCACUGCAGAGGCCUUCCUGGGACCCCCCCACCCUCCCGGCAGGGUUUGGGAGAGGGUGGGCCUGUGUGGGGUCUGCGUUGCCCCAGCAAGGCCCAGGAGAGCGUGCGGGGACCAUGCUGCCAGCACAGCCCAGCGGCCGCGCCCCAGCCUGUCCCUUCAGCUGCUGCUGAUCUGCUCACAGAUUGGUUUCGGGGUCCACUGUGACCUCUGCCUGGCACCACCUGGCUCAGUCCCCAUGCUGGCUGCUGCCGUCCACAUAGCCAAGAACAACCAUGGCGGCCUCGGGCCCAGGGGGUCCAGGAAAGACCCCGGGGCCCAGGGCAGUGGGCAGUGCCCUCCUGGAGCAGACGGGAGCUACCAGCUGCCAGCAUCGCCCUCAGUCUUGGCUGCCCGGGAAGUUUUCCAAAGGCCCGACCCCACUCCUCUUGGAGCCGCUGAUCCCUCUCUCCCAUCAGGUGCCUCAGGGACCCUCCUCCACCCAGAGGGUCUCUGCCUUCCCGGUUUUCCUGGGGCAGUUUGGACUUGGGGGAGAGGAACCAUCAUCCAUCCAUCACACCCCAGACCCAAACAGACCCAAAGCCAGGAGGAGCAGGGUGGGCCCAGAGGCCGUCAUCCUGCCAGCCCAAGGGGCACAGCCCAAGGUCUCCACCCGGAGCCCCAGGGGCACAGCUGUGUGCAGGUCACCAGAAGCCCCGAAUAAUGACAGCGCCCCAGAGAGUGGGCACCAGGCCCUGGUGCCGUGUGAAGCCGCCAGCACUUGCCUGGGCUCAUUCCAGGGGCCAUCAGAGGGCCCUGUUACGGCUGCACCCUCACACUCACCAAGCAGCUGGGGCCCAGCUCUGCUGUGGAUCCCAGCCAGGCAGCAGCCGGCCUGCGGGCUGAGAUGCUUCCGCUCCUGCUGCACAACUGGGAAGGGCCUGGAGGCCGGGAGCUGGCGAUGGCCACAACGCCGUCUGGCGCCUUCUCCUCCGGGGCAGCCGAGCAGCCCUGGACACGAGGGGCUUCGUCUCACCCCCAGGAGAAAAUGCCCAGUCCUCCGAGAGUCUAGUGAGGGCUUGCCAGCCGGGAACCAAGACCCAGUGUGGCCUAAACCAGGCCCGGCCACCAUGGUCAGGCAGAGCUUACAGAGAGACCUGCCUGCUGCCGCGGUCCAGAGGAGAUGGGGGAGGGACCUUCAUCCCACUCGGGCCUGUCCGAGGCGAGCAGGCAGCCAGUAUCUCCAUAUCUCAGGCAGGAAAGGGCCUGAAGCCCUGGGGAGCAGAGGCUGUGCCCUCAGGAAAUAGGUCCCAGCCUGGCUCCCUCACAGCCUCGGGCUGCCCUGUGGACCGAAACCCCCAGGCACCUUGCGGCAGGGCUGCCAUGAUGGUGGAGAUCCCACGCCGUGAACAGCAGGUUCCUCUCCGUGCCUUCCCAGGCGGGGGGCACUUGGGGCUCAAACUGGGGCCUUGGGAACUUCCUUGGGCCUGCUCAGUGCCACCCUUGAAGCCCCUGGCCUUCCCCGGGCCGGUCGCUCUGCCGUGUGGGCUCUGCCAUGUGGCCCUGCUGGGUCUCCUCUCGCGGAGCUGCCCACAGUCCGCCCUUCCCCCUCGCUGCACUGUUCCCUGCUGAGGGUGUGGACUGCAACAGUCGUCCUGCCCGGGGUCUGCUGGGGGUCUGCCUGUGCUCGAGGUGGGGGCUCCUCAUGCAGCCGCUCUGUCCGUGGAGGACCCCUGUGAGCAGCUGCAGCUCAGCAGCAGGCCGAGGAGCCGGGUCGGGGGCUGGGAGUCCCAGCAGGCCCUUGGCUGACACGUGCCCCCUUGCAGGUGGGUCCGAGGAGAGCACUACAGGUACAAGUUCAGCCGUCCUGGGGGCAGGCACGCCGCCGAGGGCAAGUGGUGGGUGCGGAAGAGGAUCGGAGCCUACUUCCCUCCACUCAGCCUGGAGGAGCUGAGGCCCUACUUCAGGGACCGUGGGUGGCCUCUGCCCCAGCCCCUCUAGAUGUGCACCAGAAAUAAAGGCAAAGACCCAGCC